AUGUGUCUGAUUGGCGAUAACACAAAGGUCAAUGGGCACAAUGGAAGUGGCGCGGUAUUCUUUUCCGGCUGCAAUCUCCGCUGCGUCUUUUGCCAGAACCAUGACAUUGCCCAUCAGCGCAAUGGCCAGGACCUGACACCCGAGGAGCUGGGCGAGUGGUACAUCAAGCUGCAGCAGGUCGGCCGCGUCCACAACAUCAACCUCAUCACUCCGGAGCACGUGGUUCCCCAGGUUGUCUUGAGCAUCCUGCAUGCCAGGCACCUAGGCUUGAAGGUGCCCAUCAUUUACAAUACCUCGAGUUUCGAUUCGCCUGAGUCGUUGGAGCUGCUCGAUGGCUUGGUCGACAUCUAUCUCCCUGACUUCAAGGUUUGGGAAACCAGCACAUCCAAGCGCCUCCUGAAAGCAGACGACUAUGCGGCCACGGCGCGCGAGAGCAUCAAGGCGAUGCACGCGCAGGUUGGCGAUCUUUGCUUUACUGGCGACGGCAUCGCCAAGAAAGGCCUCCUUGUACGCCAUCUGGUCAUGCCAGGGAAGGAAGCAGAGGGACACAAAAUCAUGGAAUUCCUGGCCAAGGAGGUUUCCAGGGAUUGCUUUGUCAACAUCAUGGAGCAGUAUCACCCAGAUGCCCACGUUGGCAAGGCCAGGAGACGUCCCAAAGCCGGGGCCGCCAGCACCGAGUCUGGUGGAGAGGAGGUUCGAUACAGUGAAAUCAAUCGAGCCGUGUCUGAUAACGAGAUCUCCUCGGUCCGGAAGGCGGCGGAAGCAGCUGGUCUGUGGCGAUUCUGUGACCCGCCUCGCCAUGAUGGUUUCAACAUCUGA